GGAUGUUCAGCAACGCCAGGAAUCCACUGGACAAGGUUUUGAGGGUAAUCGACAACGAGAAAUACCCGUUCAAGAUUAUCGACUAUGGGGUGAUGAGGAACAAGACCGGGAUCACUAUAUGUCAGCUCACGAUCGCCACCUAUCAAGAUCAGACUCACCGUAUCAAGAUCAGUAUCACGCAAGAAGAGAUUCUUUAAACCAACUCGGUUUUGCCUCACCACGACGAUCACCGAUUGAAGUUUAUGAGCCACCGCCACAAUAUGAGGAAUUAAUGAGACUCUCCGACUUCAAUGAAUCGAGGACAGAGGAAUCAAUUUGCUUUCCCCGAUCAAUCACGAAUCAAGCGCGUAUUGUUCCCCAACUCAUUCAUCAUCGCAAAUCGCUUCUUCAGCACCAACGCUUUCUGCUUUCUGCCCGCAUGAGAUUGGUUCAAAGGAAUGGAUGUCAGCGCUUUGUAGAGAUUGGACAA